AUGAAGUACGCUCCCUUCUCCUCGUUAAUAGAGCUCCCGUUUUACUACUCCCUUGCGAGCCAUAAAAUCGAUUACGAUAGGCUCGACGAAUCGCCCCGGAAGGUCCUUGGCCAAUAUCUUCCUCACGAUGGCGGGAAUAUGCAGCUUCACGGAAAUGCACUCACGUCUGAUGAGUAUGGGUCCUGUCCGUUUAUUAGGGAAGGUUUGAAUCUUGUUAACGGUUUGUUUAGGGUUCCGAUAACUGCCUGCCGGGCUGAGGGUAUGAUCAAGAACUAUAAUACUAUCGAGGAUUUUAGGAGGGUUGAAAAGACUGUUAUGAUCAAACGGUCUGCGCAGACGGUAUAUGCCCUUGCUUACCGACGGUUACUUGGAGCUUUUGUUAUUGGGGGCUUUGUUGACAGCUUUCAGAUAUGGGAUGCGAUACUUGACGGCUCGAUUUACUCUUGCCCAUCGCUCCUCUCCUCCUUCCUUAUACUAUCGUACGCGGACCUCAAAAAAUACAAGUUUCACCACCUCUUUGCCUUCCCCGCUUUCGCCACCACUCUCCAGUGGACAUGCAAUACCCCAAUCCAGCGACUGGACGGCCACCAAACCUCCUCUCUUGUCGAAGCCAUAAAUACCUGGCGGUACAGCACCGACUCGCGACAGCACGGGUUCUUUCUGGUCAAGAGGGACGCGGGAGCUUGGAAGAUUGGGAGCUUGGGCGACUUUGAGCACUCCUUUUUCGAUAAGGAUGUGGACGAGGAGGACCGGUUUGUUGGGUUUGUGGACCCAAGCGACUAUCCGGAUAAUCCUGGCUGGCCUUUGAGGAACUUGUUGAUGCUUGUGAGGAAGAGGUGGGGGCGGAGGAAGGUUCGGGUGCUCUGCUAUAGAGAUACGCACCAGGGGCGAUCUGAACCUAAGAGUUUGAUCAUGGAGUGCGAGCUCGAGGCCGAGGAAGGGCUGGGAGAGCUUAAUCUUGGCGGUAAGCUUAUCGCGUCAGCUACCGGUUAUGGCCUAACGAGAGUAGAUGAGAUGCCCAAAGUUGUCGGAUGGGAGAAGAAUGACGAUAACAAAAUUGUCCCCAAGACCGCAAAUCUAUCCGCUCAGAUGGAUCCGAAAAAGUGAGGGUAUGCGCACCGCGUCAUUACACAUGCUGACGUUAUGUAGACAAGCGGAUAUUAACGUCGACUUGAACCUCAAGCUCAUGAAAUGGCGAGUCGCGCCAGAGCUAGACCUCGAUGUUAUCAGGAAUGCGAGGUGUCUUUUGCUCGGCGCUGGUACGCUUGGUGCAUAUGUAGCGCGCAACUUGCUUAGCUGGGGGGUGCAUAAGAUCACCUUUAUCGAUUCUGGAACGGUCUCCUUUUCGAACCCUGUUAGGCAGCCAUUAUAUACAUUCCAGGACUGCAUUGGCGGGAAGACCAUGAAGGCGAUUAGAGCUGCGGAGGCCCUGAAGGAGAUUUAUCCCGGCGUCGAUGCUCAAGGGUUUGACAUGACGGUGCCAAUGGCUGCUCAUCCAUUCUCGGAUGCUCAGGAAGCCGGUGUCAAGCAAGACUAUUUGAAGCUCAGGAGGCUGUUUGAGGAGCACGAUGUUAUAUUCUUGCUCAUGGACACAAGGGAGAGUAGAUGGUUGCCAACAGUUAUGGGAAAGAGCAUGAAAAAACCUGUCAUGAAUGCUGCCUUGGGAUUCGAUAGCUAUGUCGUUAUGAGGCAUGGAGUGAAACCCUCCGAUGACCAGAAGGGUGGAGAAGAGCUUGGAUGUUAUUACUGCAGCGAUGUGGUUGCUCCAGGGGAUGUUGGUUAUAUGCUACCCCGCAUUUUCUCCCACUAAAUGCUAACAUCUUGGUAGAGCUUGGCCGACAGAACACUUGACCAACAGUGUACCGUCACUCGACCGGGUGUAGCACCUAUCGCUAGUGCGCUGCUGGUGGAAACGCUAGUAUCAGUCCUCCAACACCCUCUCGGCGCCGCCGCCCCUGCGCCGAAUAACGACAAGGCGGACCGGAGUCCACCAAAUCACCCGUUAGGUCUGAUACCCCACCAAAUGAGAGGCUUCCUAUCCUCGUUCCAGAACAUAAUGGUCAAGGGUCCUGCAUAUGACUGCUGUUCCGCAUGUUCUCCCGCUAUCAUUAAGGAAUACAGGGAUGAAGGAUGGGAGUUUGUCAAGAAGGCACUCAAUCAGAAAGGGUAUGUAGAGGAAAUAAGUGGGCUACUGGAGGUGCAGAGAGGAGCGAGCGAUGUCGAGAUGUCCGAGUGGAGUGAGAGCGGGGAUGAUGGCAAUGAUGGCAAUGAUGGCGAGAUGUAGUUUUCUUUAUAUAUAUAUUUUGUUCUUCCCGCCCUUUUUCCUCCUCUUUCCUUUUUUCGCUAUUUACAAUACUAUACUCUCUCGUUUUUUUUGUUCGAGUGGUACCGGUGGUGGUUUGUGUAAUGGGAUGGAUAGGAUAGGGUGCAUGAAUCGUAGGUUUAAAGCGGGUGUAUCUUUGUUUCUUUUAUUAUCUUUUUUUUUUCUUUUUUUUCUUUUUUUUUUCUGCUCUCAUAAGUUGCGUUGCUGUGAUGCCCACUAUCGGGCGCUCUUCUAUUUGCAUCACUUGAUAAUAUAUGGGUUAGGGAUUGGUAGUUGGACGAUCAGGUGGUGAGGAAUGAAGAUGGGAUGAAACAAGCUGGAGACAUGAUUUACCCGUACAGUACGGUACAGUACAAUACUCGUACGGUUCUUUGCUUCACUUUGCUUCGCUUGCGAGUGCACCGCUGUUGUUCACUCGCGGCCUAGAAUGUGUGCCCUAUAGCACUGCUAUAGGUGCUGUACCAUACUUUGUACCUGUAUGACAGCUAGUAAUACCCACCGUACAUUUCCCCAACCCCCGGAGUGAACUCCUGUAACGGUAACACGCCCUCCCUACAGACCCGUUCGCCUCAGGCUGUCCGUCGUAAGGAACCAUGAAGCUAUUAACUUAUCAUAUCACCCCAGCUCUUUCCUUCUCUCCUUCUCCCUCCCUCCCUCCGUCCCUCUCUCCUGCCCUCUCUAUUCCUCUCCAUCCUCCACGUAUCAUAACGCUCGCACGACCCAGCUGAAGCACCUAUUACUGUACUCUUGCCGACAGCAAGCAAACUAGGGUCCCCCCAAGCACCUGACAUCAUCACGCGUCUGUAACAACCCAUCCCUCAGUCCAUCCAACCGACCAAUCCUGACGAGCGCAGCACCAUAAAGCAACCAGGAUCUCCAAGGCUCUAGACCCGCCAACGACCGAACGCAAAGGUUUAAGUUAGUCUAUCGUACCGGUACGGUAGUCUAGCCCCGACUCGACAUUCCCAGACACCCUGCAGAUCAUUACGGGACAGCACGGCCUUAAGUUACACUUUCGACCCCCCGUAUCGUAACCUUCUUAGUCUAGCAAGCAUACGGUACUGCACUCUUACUGGAUACCGGAAUCGGGGGAAGGGGGAGUGUUUUUCUCGCUUCGCUUCGGGUGGCAACACGUGUGUGUGCGCGUGUGUUAGUCUGACUUAUCGGAGGGUUUUUGGGGGGAGAAGGAACACGUCGGGGUACGAGUAUUUCUAUUUCUCAUUUCCCCGUUAAGUUACUCGUAUCUCACACACGCUUCAUAAUAGUAUUUUGGGGUUUGAAAGGAGGGAAGGGAAGGAAUUUCGGGACGCGCUGGUCUGGAAUAGCAACAACGUACCGCUACUGUAGCACCAGGCACCAACCUUCUCAUACGGCACAUAUAUUAUCAUAAUAUCAUAGCUAAUUGAGUCCUGUUCCGUCUUGGCAAAAAGGGAGAGGAAGGAAGCCUUUCAGGUGCGUUUUGCUUUUUGAUUCUCACCCUCUUGAUAGUCGUUUCCAACCCUUCUUCCCUCAGCCCGGCCCGGCCCAGGAAAGGACCAAACUAGCACCCUCUUCCCUAUUUCCCUCCCCCAAUCUUGUGUUUGCCUGCACUUUCACCGCUUCACUACCUUACUACACACCUCUUCCUGCGGGUUACAAAAAUAAUAAUUUAUCUACGCAAUCGUUUAUUUCCCUUCUCUUAUUCUCCUUUUAUUUUUUCCCGGGUGGUUUAUUAUUUAUUUAAAGGGUUUGAGGGUUUGCGGUAUGCUUUUGGGAUCUAACGUUUAAUUCACAUUUAUUAGUUUGUCGUCGCCGUGGCCUCGGAUUCCCGGAAUAAAGGGUGAGGGAGAAGAGGCUCAGGAAGAAGAAGAAGGGGCGAAGUGAAGUGAGGGAAGGAAGGAGUAGCAACCCAAUGGACAACCUCCGCGAAAUACUGGUCUCUGAGAUUACCGGUUUGAAGAGUUUGCUGCGCCUAAAUGCUGAUGGGGUCGGUGACGAUGACGAUCUCGUCGCGCAGUUGACGAGGUAUGGAGUUUCUACGAUUAUUCACCCUUAUUGAAGAUUGUGUGGAUUGACGGAGGUGUUAGAACACGCAUAUCCCUUGAGAAGUUCUCUACGGAGCUUCUGGGCUCGACCCGGAGCACGGAUGUUAUCACGCCGGAUACACUCCCUUCCAGCGUUUCCCCCUCACCGACUCGCUCGAGCUCGGCUUUGAAUUCGAAUCGCAGUAGUACUACUACUGCGGCCUCACUCGAUGACUGUGUGCCCUCUGAAGAGGGAGGAAAUGGGGGAGGAUUGGAGGAGGACGACGCUUUCCUCCGCCUGAGUUCGCUGCUGGCAGGCUUGCAAGCGCAGGCCGAAGCAGCUGUAUCGUCCGGGAUUUCGACAAGCGCUCCGACAACACCUCUAGUCCGCGGAUUUGUGGACUCGGAUUCCAAUAGUUCCGCUGACGAUGAUGCCGCCAUCUCCCCAGGGUUAUUAGGGAGCAGUGGGGAAGUUGGGCGGAAAUGCGAGCUAACAAGGACCCUCUCUCUCCCACAUCCCUUUCUGGCACCGGCACCACGGAGACUGCGGAAAGUCGCGACUAUCGGGGUCUCGCUUCGUGAGGAGAGUGCCUCUACUACAAGCGGCGGCAAAGAUCGGAAUAACCCGACUGUUAAUAUAACCUCGGCACCAGAUUCCCCUCCAUGGAGCUGGGCUGGAGGGGGUGCGGGCUUUCCGCCGACACCCCCUCCUUCCAUGCGCCGUCACGGUGGGGCAGAAAGCCGUCCUAGAUCCACGCUCUCGGAUGUGUUCGACGUUCCAGGCCCGACGCCCACCACCCCGGAUCGGAGGAAUUCUCUGUUGCCGAGGGAGUUGGAGAUCGAGGGGCUUUUGACCGAGUUCUUGGAAGAUAGGGAGAAGGUUGAGAUGGGGUUCCGGUGGGUUUGGGUGUACUUGCUUGGCGGGGGGAUGGUAUGGGUUCUUGUGGGGUGGUUACUAGGCUGGGGGUGUGUGGAGUGUGCGGUUAGUUGUGAGUUGGGGAGGUGAUGUUGGUUGGGUUUGGUUCGGUAUUCGGGAUGAGGAGAGGUGUUGUCUCGGAGUCUCGAGUGAUGGGUAUGCGUUCACGGGCGGAUCGAUGGAAUGUUGCAUGGCAGGUGUACAAUAUUCAUUUUCCCUUUUUUUUUUUUCUUCUUUCCCUUCUCACCAUUUAUUUGCAACCUACGGGGGGCUGUCCAGCCGUUUCCUUUUGUUUCCUUUUUCUACUUUUUUCAUCAUGGGCCUCAUUUCGGGUUGGCCCUUUUCUUCCUCCUCUUUGGACCCCCACGCCCCACUCACUUGGGGACAUUCGUCAUACAUAUUUUUUUUCUAGUGUUAUUUUUUUCCCGUGGCCAUGUCCGGUUUUUGUAAAAAGAAAAGGGGGGGUUACUUUUUUCACUUCCUAUCAUCUCACCGGAGAUUUAAUACCCAGGCUGGUGAUUUUUUUUCUUUUGUUCUUUUGUUCUUUUAUUUUCCCUAUUGUUGACCGCAUUGUAGAUGGGUUUGCGUUUUUUUGUUUAGCGGUCGGGCAGGAUGGGAGGCAGCAGGAGGCUUGUGUCGUGUCAUAUCAUAUCACAUCAGGGUUCUUCCCAUGGCUCGGAUUGAAUUCAACUGGUAUCAUAUCCUUUUGUGCUUAUCCUCAAAGGUGCACAAAUGGUUCCGAUCUGUCGGUAUCAUGGAUCUCUUAACCGGAAGAGUGAGUGAUCGCGUUGUAGGUUCCGUUCUAUCAUAAGCUGGCGGGUCUUGUCCCCCUACUGAUACGGUACACCAAUCGCACCGACCGGAUAUCCCCAAAUGCCCAUUCCCCUAAUGACAAGGCACACCCCUCACCCCGACUCGAGCACACAACCCGUAUCCGAUCUGUACUCGAGUAGGCGAAUGGUGGUGAGGUACGGUACGCAUGUCGAGCACCAUACACCGGCAGAUAAAUGCUACCCUCCUACCAGACCAAACGAAAAAGCAGUCUCAUAUCACAGUCGUGACGCUGGAGGCCUUGUCGCCGCGGUACUUUGUAAUGAGGUUGGAUGUGUACGGUCCCGUUGGGCAUUUCUAGGACGAUUGGAUUAUAAUUAUGAUUAUCUCUUAUUUUCAUAAUUGGGUCGUAGUUGAGGAAAGGGGUGUGUGUGUGU